UAUUCAAAUGGAUUAGUAUAAAAAAUAGUCAUCUCCUUCACCACACCGGUGACUGCACAUCUUUACUGCUUCUGGCGACCGUCCCAAAGCAAAUCCAUUCCACCGCCGCGCUCGCCGCCGCCGCAAAACGGACCGGAAAUGAAAGCUCUAUACAGUUCAGAGUCAAUCCUAACUCCAAUUCCAUACUUCAAAAUCAAGCCAGGAAUUCGAAUUCCAAAAACUGCCGUACAGUUUCCCAUUGCAGCGGCGAAGCGUUGUUUCUCGAUCAAAGCUGUUCUCGAUGUAGUAUCCUUCGAUGAGCUAUCAGAAAUCCGGAAUCCAGCUAUUUCGACGUCGUAUAGGAAUCCGAAGCUACGGCGGCCGAAUCAGACUGUGUUGGACGCCCAGACGAAGGUCUGCACUUGUCCAACUCAAACUAAGCCUCUCAAUGCAGAGCAAGCCUUUAAGGUUCUAGAUACAAUUUUAAAAGCAGUUAAAGGAGAGCUCAAAGGUGAAGAGGAAGUAUCCAAAGCACAGCUUGGAGCGUUUUUCGCAGCAAUGACAAUCCUAGCAAAUGCCUUCCCUGAGCCAACUCAAUGGAGUGAUGGUGAGAGGACUGCAAUGACCUAUUAUUGGCCACACUUAGUGCGCGUAUUACCUCCAGAUAUAAUAUUUUUAGCUGAUCUUGAACAGUCGAUUAUGGGAGUUAGUAGUUCAAUCGGUCCUCUUUUUGUUGGUAAUGGGACUGCCGAGAUGAGACUGGUAGGUGCCCUCAGGGAAAUUCUUGCUGGCGGUCAUUUGGGGUAUGAUGAAGUUCAGGGUGUUUUGAGAGAUGUUCUUCCACUAAGUUCCGAAGACAAGAAAACAGCAGCUGCAAGUGAGUCGCUGCUUGCAGCAUUUUUGAUAGGCCAACGCAUGAACAGGGAAACAGAUCGCGAGCUAAAAGCAUACUGCCUUGCAUUUGAUGAUGAACGUGGUCCAGCGCCAGUUGCUGACAUAAGAUCUCUGACCCAUUAUGAUGGUAAUACGCGAUUUUUCAGGAGUACACUUUUUGUUGCUGCAGUUAGAUCCUGCUAUGGUGAAUCUUGCUUGCUUCAUGGUGUGGACUGGAUGCCGCCUAAGGGCAGCAUUACGGAAGAGCAAAUGCUGAAGUUCGUGGGUGCAAACACACAAUUAAACUCAUUGCAGGCAAAAGAGCUACGUCCCCCACCAAUGAUUUUUGAUGAAGAUGUUGGUUUUGCUUACAUUAGUCAACGAGAAGCACAACCUUCUCUCUAUUCGUUGAUUGAGUUGAGAGAACAUAUAAAGAAACGCCCACCAUUGGCAACAACUGAAAAAGUUCAGCAACUUGUGAGGGCUAAGGGUAAGGAAGCUAUUGUUGCUGGAUUUUACCAUGGAGGUUAUGAGGAGUCACUUCUGAUGCUAAUGAGAAGAAGAGGAAUCCACUCUGUCUUGGUUGUGAAGGUAUUAAAAUUCAUACUUAUAAGUUAUAUCACUCUCAAAGUUGAGGGUAAAGAUCUGAGUUGGGCAUUAAUGUAUUUUCCGGCCAUUAGCCAUUUGAUUUAAAUGUAGAGUAGCAUAAAUGCAGCAAUUAUAAGGUGAAUUAUCAAAGAAAAGAACAACCAGCACCCUUUUAUUCAUUAUUAAGACACCGAAUUCUCCAAA